AUGGACAGGCUGCGGCGGAUAUUGAGGCGGAGGUCAGCCAAGGUGGUCAGCGUGGGAGCAGAGAGCAGCCGCGGGCCUGGGCAGGAGGAUUUGGGCCCCGCCUGCCAUGACGAUGAGGGGCCCAUCAAGGCAAGGAGCUGGCUGUGCCCCAUCUGCAGCCAUGGAAAUCAGACAGCUCCUGGCAGCAGGAGAAAGCAGGAAAGGAAACCCACCACUUCCAGCACCAAAUGGAGGUGGCCCUGUGUACACCGGGGCAAGCAGGAGCUGGCUGCAGAAGAGCGCCAGGCAGAAGAGCCAUGCAGCUCCCCUCCCCUGUCACUGGGGAGCCUUGAGCCAGACCCUGCAGCCCCACAGCAGGAGGCAGCCCCCUGCACAGCCGGGGAUGAGGGCCCGUUCUCCCUGGGCCAGGAGCUGAGCAAGUCGUGCACCAGCCCCAGCCUGAGCUGCGGCUCCUCCUGGGACGACUCGCACAGCUCCCCGGAGUCCGGGAGCACCAGCCCGAGCCGCGGGUCCUCCUCACGGGACUCCAAUAGCUCCCAGGAGUCCCCAAACACCAGCCUGAGCCCCAGCUCGUCCUCGGGGGACUCCGAUAGCUCCCAGGAGGCCCCAAACACCAGCUCCAGCAGCAGCUCGGAGGAGGAGGAGGACACUCCCAGCUCCCUGGAGCGUGGGACCACCCCGGCCCCUGGCGCCACCUGCACAGGUGAGGGGCCCGCCGGGGGCCAGGAGGUCUCAGGGCCAGUUGCUCUGCGAGGCCAAGCAGACGCUCUAAAAGUUGCACGGGGGGGAUCCCGGUGA